GAGACUCUGUUUCACUAGCAUACUCUGCAGCUUGGACUUUGAGCGGCAAUGGCCAAACCUGUUUCGAUUGAGGUGUGGAACCCAAAUGGAAAAUACAGAGUUGUUAGCACAAAGUCCAUGCCAGGAACUCGCUGGAUCAAUCUAUUGAUUGAACAGGAUUGUCGGGUCGAAAUAUGUACGCAAAAGAAAACUAUAUUGUCUGUUGAAGAUAUCAUUGCUUUGAUUGGCGAUAAGUGCGACGGAGUGAUUGGUCAGUUGACAGAAGACUGGGGAGAGGCACUGUUUUCGGCAUUGCGCAGAGCAGGAGGCACAGCUUUCAGUAACAUGGCUGUUGGUUAUAACAACGUUGAUAUCAAUGCUGCUAACAAGUAUGGUGUUGCUGUUGGAAACACUCCUGGAGUACUUACAGAGACAACGGCAGAGCUGGCAGCUUCACUUUCUUUAGCAGCUGCAAGAAGAAUAGUUGAAGCAGAUGGGUUCAUGAGGGCAGGACUAUACGAUGGGUGGCUUCCUCAUUUAUAUGUGGGAAACUUGCUUAAAGGACAGACUGUUGGGGUCAUUGGUGCUGGCCGUAUUGGAUCUGCUUAUGCCAGAAUGAUGGUUGAAGGAUUCAAGAUGAACCUAAUUUAUUAUGAUCUUUACCAGUCCACACGCCUAGAAAAGUUUGUUACAGCUUAUGGUGAGUUCCUAAAGGCCAAUGGUGAAAAACCAGUGACAUGGAAAAGAGCAGCCUCCAUGGAAGAGGUGCUCCGAGAGGCAGAUGUGAUAAGUCUUCAUCCAGUCUUGGACAAAACCACUUAUCAUCUGAUCAACAAAGAAAGACUUGCAAUAAUGAAGAAGGAAGCAAUCCUUGUAAACUGCAGUAGGGGGCCCGUUGUCGAUGAAGUAGCUCUUGUGGAACAUUUGAGAGAGAAUCCCAUGUUUCGAGUUGGUCUUGAUGUCUUUGAGGAUGAGCCCUAUAUGAAACCUGGGCUUGCUGACAUGAAGAAUGCCAUUGUGGUACCUCACAUUGCUUCUGCUUCCAAGUGGACUCGUGAAGGAAUGGCAACACUGGCUGCUUUGAAUGUACUGGGAAAGAUUAAAGGGUAUCCAGUUUGGUAUGAUCCCAAUAGGGUGGAACCAUUCCUCAAUGAGAAUGUUCCACCACCAGCAGCAAGUCCAAGCAUUGUCAAUUCUAAAACCUUGGGUCUACCUGUUUCAAAGCUAUAAGCAUCGAUGCUGAUCACCUAAGGGCCUUCUGGUGCAAAUUGUCUAAUUUUUUUCCUGAUGUUGGAGCAUGGGCUCUUGUGAGAUUCCUCUGAGGAGUACUAGUAUAUUUGCCUAUGAGUUGCUGGUCACAAUGUCUACCUACUUACUGUCUUAACUAUAUAUGUAUAUUACUGGCCUUAUAAUUAUGCCAAUGCAUUGGCUUACCCAUAAACCUUUCA